GAAGUGAACAUGCAUACCCUCUGCAUGUAAUUUCCUCUCCUUUAAAUAGCCCUUCUUUUCAAGGCACGUCCCAACAAAUUUCUCAUUACAAAGAGAGCCUUAGUUCGUAGAUCUUCGUCACAUUUGUUGAUUAAAAAUGAUCAACUCUUCACAUCUCUGCAGAAGAAUGCAACACCUUUGUGGCUUCAUGCUGGCAAACCUACGUUAUCUGUACGAAUCGAUACGCUUCUUCCUUUUCCGUUUCCAUCGAUUCAUCGUCCUGCGUACCAAUUUGUUCCUCCUUCAAGUCCUUUAUUUCAUCUCCCUUUCAUCGUUUGGUUGCUUGGUUCUCAAGUGUUUGAAGCCGAGAACCCACGGCUCGUUCGGUCCCACGAGUCUGGACCUGUUCUUCACCUCGGUCUCCACGGUCACCGUGUCAAGCAUGUCUACCGUGGAGAUGGAGGUAUUCUCGAAUACACAGCUCAUAGUAAUAACACUCCUAAUGUUUGCCGGUGGCGAGGUCUUCACUUCCAUGGUCGGGCUCCACCUCAGAAGGUACAGAAUGAGGAUGCUCCUGAAGACAGAAGACAAAGUUGCUUCGGUCGAGAGCGACCUUAGCAUCCGGUCCUUGAACCUCAGGGAUGCCCUGGACGGAGUAGAGCUAGGCCUGACUGAGAAAACUCAGUCCUUUGGCCCCUACGACUGCGAGUACUUGAGGUACCGCUCGAUAGGACUCUUGGGAGCGGUGGUCCUAGGUUACCUAGUGGUGGUCCAAGUCCUAGGAGUGGCCAUGGUCUCAAUCUACCUUGGGUUUGUGUCCACUGCAAGGGAUGUCCUGAGGAACAAGGGACUAAACAUGCUGACAUUCUGCGUCUUCAUCACGGUCUCGACCUUUGCAAGAUGUGGCUUUGUCCCCACAAACGAGAACAUGAUUGUCUUCCGCAAUAACUCAGCCUUCCUCUUGAUCCUCAUCCCUCUGAUCCUUUUAGGGAGCACUCUAUUCCCAUCUUGCUUAGGGUUCUGCCUUUGGGUUAUCCAUAAGUUCAGGACCAAGGCCGAGACGUCGUACCUGCUGAGGAAUACGUCGGAAAUCGGGUACCUCCACUUGCUGCCGAGCCUCCAUUCUCGGCUCCUGGUGGCGACAGUGUUAGGUCUCAUCGGCAUCCAGUUUGUCAUCUUCAGUGCAAUGCAGUGGAACUCCAAAGCGUUUGGUGGACUCGGCCCGUCUGAGAAAGCCAUCGGGAUCCUGUUCCAGUGUGUAAACUCAAGGCAUACCGGUGAGACCAUCGUCGAUCUCUCGACAAUUGCUCCGGCCAUGCUGGUCUUGUUCGUCUUCAUGAUGUUACGGGGCUUUAAAAAAUGGGCUUGCUGCACGUACAUACUGUACCUUCCUCCAUAUACAUCAUUCCUGCCCGUAAACGGUGACGGAGAACGCUCACAUGCCACGGCCGGAAAGAGACUGAAAAUACAAGGAAAAAUUACAGAGAGUCUCGUAUUGUCACAGCUCUCUUAUGUGGCCAUCUUCAUCAUCACGAUAUGUAUCACGGAAAGGGACAAGAUGAAGGAAGAUCCCCUCAACUUUAGUGUGCUGAAUAUUGUGGUCGAAGUGAUAAGUGCAUAUGGAAACGUUGGAUUCACGACAGGGUACAGCUGCAAACGGCAGUUGAAGCCGGAGACGGGAUGCACAGAGAAGUGGUUCGGGUUUGCAGGCAGAUGGAGUGACCAAGGGAAGAUUAUUCUCAUAAUCGUCAUGUUUUUUGGUAGAUUGAAGAAGUUCAACAUGAACGGAGGUAGAGGUUGGAAGCUUUUGUAGUCAACAUAUAUAUAAUAUUUAUGUACAUGUAUUCUUCACUCGAGGGAAUUAUAGAAAGCAUUUACCCCCCUCCAGAAUUCUUUUUUCGAACAAAAGAUGUGCAUGCCCAAACUAAAAGUUAUGUCCUUCAUGAUGUACGCAUAUUGAAAUUUAAGAGAAAAAGAGAACGAAAAGAAGAGAUACAUGUGUA